AUGAAAAUUAACUCAAUUUUAUUUAUUAUUCUAUUAAUUUUAUUUUACAAUGUUGUAAAUAGUAGUUGUCCAAAUUGUUUGAAAGAAAAUGACAUUUGUGACUCAGGAGGAACAUGUAGUGAUGAUACAAAAUGCUUGAGCAAUAACUCUUCUUCCCCAAGAUGUACCAAAUACUUGAAAAGUGGUGAUAAAUGUGAUCCAGGUGUUUAUUUAUGUAUUCUUGGUACUAGUUGUAUUUUGGAUAAAAGUAAUGUUUAUAGAUGUUUGGAUUACGGUUUUAGAUCUCUUGGUGAACAGUGUCAAUUACAAUCUGAUUGUGUUGAUCAACUUGAUUGUAUUAAUAAUGUAUGUUCACAUGACCCUACUAAAUAUACACACUGUCAUGAUAUUGAUGAAAGUUGCAAUUAUGAUGAAUAUUGUUAUUGUACAGCAAGUUCAAAUUGUGUAUGUCAAAAAAUUAAUACACAAGGUUCACCAUGCAAUUAUUCACGAGAUUGUUUAGGUGGAUUGACAUGUAAUAGCGGAGUUUGUGGCAAUCCACAACUCAUUGAAUUAGGUGGUAGUUGUUUGGGUACUUAUAAUUGUGACAACAAUAAUGAUUAUUGUUAUUAUAAUGGUUUUUGUGAUUACAAUAAAGGAUUAUAUUGUUCAGAUAAUAUUUGUCAAGAAUUUGUACAACCAAGUCCAAAAUCAUGUAGUCCAAAUGCUACAGUUAGCGAAUGCUCAGCAUAUCAAACUUGUAGUUGUUCAGAUCAUGAAUGUUAUCAGUCUGGUAUAUAUCCACCAGAAAGUCUCAAAAUGAUUGCAUCAUCCCAAUUGGAAAAGUGCGCAUAUGAUAACAAGUGCUCACUUAAUGUUAAUUUAUAUUCAUCAGAGUCCUGUCUUUCAAAACAUUGUAGAAAAGAAAUUUGUCAACGUUAUGUUGGUGAUUACAAGGUUAAAGAAGAAGAUGAUUGUGGAAAGGAAGAACUUAGAGCAGAUUUAUUAUUUUGCAGUAGUAACUCUUCAUCUAAAAUCUCUCAGUCAUUAACCUAUUUACUUAUUGUUUUAUUUAUUGUUUUUCAAAUUAUUUUUUAA